AUGCCAGGCAUCCUUUUGUCCGUGGACUUCAUACUACAGAGUGCAAGGUGUGGACAAUGUGUGGUUGCUUGGGACACCAUUGAUUAUGGUGGACUGGGAAUUCUCAAUCUGAAGAUCCUUAAUGACGCAUUCCGCUCCCGCUUCAAGGACAUCGACAUGAGGAUCAGCGUCCGCGGCGGCGGUAAGACCUCCCAGAUCUACGCCAUCUGCCAGGCCAUCGCCAAGGCGCUCGUCGCAUACUACCAGAAGUACGUCGACGAGGCCGCCAAGAAGGAGGUCAAGGACAUCUUCGGCCGCUACGACCGCACCCUCCUCGUCGCCGACCCACGUCGCUGCGAGCCCAAGAAGUUCGGAGGACGCGGCGCCCGCGCAAGGUUCCAGAAGUCGUACCGUUAAUUCGCCUGCAGGCCAUCGCCA